UUAGUCACUAGUCUCUCACGGUCAGAUUUCAGGGAGGAAAAGACGAAAAAAAAAAGAUGGCGCCUGGUACAUUGACCAUGGAAUCUGCCGAAAAUCAACAAAGUAAUACCAUAGUCUUUAAUACAUCAAAAGCUGAGCUGUUCAAUCCAAACAAUGGAUUCAAGUCUUUAGCAAGAAAACUGAGGUCAAAUUGGAAAAUUAUUGUUAAUAAAGAUGAACUCACACAAGACAAAAUCCAAACAGCCAAAGUACUUGUAUUUGGUGGACCAAGAAAAAAGUUCACAGCAAUGGAGUUUGAUGCUAUCAAGCAGUACAUAGAAGGUGGUGGUAAUGUUCUUGUUAUGAUGGGUGAAGGAGGAGAGGCACGAUUUGAUACAAAUAUCAAUUUCUUACUGGAAGACUAUGGAAUAAUGGUGAACAAUGAUUCUGUGGUAAGAACAGUAUACUAUAAGUAUUUCCAUCCUAAAGAAGCCCUUGUGUCUAAUGGAGUAUUAAACAGAGAAAUUAACAGAGCAGCUGGUAAAUAUGUUCCAGGGACAUCAGAUGUUGAGUCCUCAGAGUUUGGAAAAUCCUUAACAUUUGUCCUACCAUAUGGUGCAACACUUAAUGUUGUAAAACCAGCAACUGCUGUCUUGUCUACUGGGAGUGUGUCUUUCCCUUUAAAUAGACCUGUAUGUGCKUUUCACUCAUCAAAGUAUUCCAAGGGUAAGCUUGCAGUCUUGGGCUCAGUUCACAUGUUUAGUGACCAAUAUAUUGAUAAAGAAGAAAAUGCUAAAGUUCAGGAUGUGAUAUUUCAAUGGCUAACAACGAAUGAACUACAUCUUAACAAUAUAGAUGCUGAAGAUCCUGAGGUUGCUGACUAUCACCACAUACCAGACACAUCAAACCUUGCAGAAAGACUACGUGUUUGUUUACAAGAAGGAGAUGAGAUUCCUCGUGAUUUCACCAAGAUGUUUGAUAGUGAACUUUAUAAACUGGACACUGGUGUUGUCUCUGAUGUUAUCAAAGCCUUUGAUGAACUCCAUGUGAAACAUGAACCUCUACAGUUAAUAACACCUCAGUUUGAAACACCAUUACCACCAUUACAACCAGCUGUAUUUCCUCCCACUUUCCGUGAACUYCCUCCACCUGCACUGGACCUAUUUGAUUUGGAUGAAGCAUUUUCCUCUGAGAAAGUCAGACUUGCACAGAUAACCAAUAAGUGCUCAGAAGACGACCUUGAAUAUUAUGUACGUGAAUGUGGUGACAUACUAAAUGUUAACAGCAAACUACCUGGUGAUAACCGUACUGCCAAGCACAUCCUAGACCACAUCUUCCAUCAAGUGGUAGAAUUCAAGAAACUUAAUCAGGAAACUGAUGAUACUUCUGGUUUAACCAACUAACAAACAACAAGUUAUUCUUGCA